GGCCCGCCCCGAUAAUCAAAUCAAAUCCAAAUUUGAAAGGGAUCAUCAGUAAGCGAAACAACAGAGCAGCAAUGGCUCCACAUGAUCUCCGGCGCCCAUUCAAACGCCCGGCGAUCUCCGACCAACAAAGACGGCGAGACCUCUCUCUGUUGCGGCAGAAAGAGAACCGCCUCGACGCUCAGCGUAGAGCCCGUUGUUUAGCCUCCUCCGUCCUUUCCUUUCAGAGCGAGCCCAAAUCCCCUUCCCAAGAGCAAUCCCAUUUCGAACUCGAACUCGAACUCGAAAUCGAGCCCGACGCAGAACAACACCAGGGCCCCGCUACAACCUAUGAUGUCCGACAGGCAUCCAAACUUAGAGGAACUGAUGCUCGUCGCUGGUUCGCCAAGCAGCUCAUGCUCCCUGAAUGGAUGAUUGAUGUCCCUCCUAACCUAAAUACUGAUUGGUAUGUAUUUGCGAGACCAGCAGGGAAACGAUGUUUUGUAGUUUCGUCUAAUGGGACAACAGUUAGUAGGUUACGCAAUGGCAUCCUUUUGCAUCGCUUUCCGUCUGCACUACCCAACGGUGCCAGGAUCAAUAAUGUCUCUAGGUCCGGUCAAUCAUACUGUAUACUUGACUGUAUAUUUCAUGAGCCAGACCAAACAUACUAUGUUAUUGACAUGGUUUGUUGGGCAGGAUUCUCACUGUAUGAGUGCACUGCUGAAUUUAGAUUUUUCUGGUUAAACAGCAAGCUUGUUGAGGUAGGGGCUUGUGAUACUCCCUCGACUUUCCACAAAUACAGAUUUGCUACUGUUCCCGUCUACAACUGUGAUCAGGAAGGUCUGCAAACUGCUUACAUUGGACCAGUGCCUUACGUCAAAGAUGGACUACUAUUUUACAACAAGCAUGCCCAUUAUCAGACAGGAAAUACACCGUUAGCUUUGGUCUGGAAGGAUGAAAAUUGUAGCGAGUAUGUUAUUGAUACGGAUAGUAAGGGACAAGUUCCGAACCAGCAACAGUUGGUCUUGGAGUUACAGGAUGAUGGGAGGCUUGCCACAUCUGAUGAUCCUUCUGUUAUAUUUGGCUGGUUGAACGAGGAUUUCAUCCAAAAGACUGGACUGCAUGCUGGAAAUCUUUUACGCUUUGCUGUUAAUGAUGGCGGGUUAAGUUUUGUAGAUGGAAAGUUAGAGAAGGCAGAUUUGCAAUACCUUGGCCAAUCCAAUCGUGCACGUGCUUUUGCGGAUAGUUACUCCAAGGUAAUGUUCCAGUACAUUGUCCGGCACUCUCCCUUGAAAAUUGAACAUCUUUUUGCAUCAAUUGGCCCUUUAGGUGAUGGUGAUAUUGCCAGCCAUGAUGUGGAAAUGGCGGCCUAAACACGUUAUAUGCAGAAGAAACCCUAUGAUGCCUCGCUAGGAGAAUUUAAUAGUUUGUCGCUAGGAGAACUUUUGUUUUUGAAAUUAAUAGUUGUCACUAGGAGAUCAUUGCUUGCCUCGCGAUGAUUGUUUAAAAUACCGGUGCUAGUGUGUUCCAACGAUGGUUGUACCACAAGCUGCUCCCAUAAUAACUUGUUUGCUAUAUUCUGUUUAGAUUCCUUGUGGCUUCUUGGUUUA